AUGGACAACAGCAACGCAACCGGUCCCGACGCCACGUCGCGUCGCCGCUCAGGACGCGUUGUCCGCGCACCCGACAAGUUCUCCCCCGAGAUUAGCUCGCAACCUUCCCAGGCCAAGCGCAAGCGUCGCGGAGGGGGCGAAGACGACGAUGACGGGGAUGACGAUGAGGAGAAUGGCGUGCCCGAUCUGAGCGACGAGGAUAGCGACGACGACGCCAACGACGACGACUCGGAUGAGGAGCAUGCCGCGUCGCGCCGGUCGCAAUCGAAGCGCGCAAAGAAGCACAAGUCGAAAAAGGCAAAAACCAAUGAAACCCAGCCGGCUGCGCCUAGUCGCGUAAACAACCUAUCUCGCACAUUCAGGAAGUCUGUGCGUCUGGACACCGGCGGCAAGGGCAACGGUCUUUACACCGAAAUCUUCGGAUCUGGUGAACUGCCAGGCGUUGUCGCGCAGCAAUGGCUCGAAAAAUAUAGGAGCGACGAGGGUGACGCGCUGUUAGAGCUUAUCAACUGCGUCCUGCAAUGCAUCGGUUGCGAACACGAGAUCUCCAUCGACGAUAUUCGUGACCCCGAGAAUAUUCCCAACAGACUCUCCGAUCUUCAUAAUGCCUAUCAGGAGCAACAAGAGACCGACUACCCUCUCAUAUCAAAGGCUAAGACGGCCAAGUCCUUCCGCGACCUGCUCGUAGGCUUCUUCCAGCUGCUCGUCAGUGUUCUGCACGAGUCAGAGCUGCUGUACAAGGACAAGGACCUGAUGGACAACGUGCACGCCUGGCUUUCCAGCAUGUCAUCUUCCUCCCUCCGCCCGUUCCGGCACACGGCCACGACGAUCUCGCUCGCCAUCACAUCUGGCCUCGUUCAGGUAGCGCACACACUCGACGCCCGAAUCACAAGCAUCGAGCAGCAGCUGCAGGCCUCCAAGCGCAGCACGGCCAAGGCCAAAUCGUUCGAGAUUGGUCUCAACCUUCACGAGGCUACCGAGUACCGCAAGGCGUGUACCGAGAUGAUACAGUCAUUCUUCGAUACCGUCUUCGUGCACCGCUAUCGGGACUACGACCCCAAAAUCCGUGCCGAGUGCGUCGAGGCCCUUGGGAACUGGAUCUGGGAUCUGCCAACUGCCUUCAUGGAGCCGUCGUACCUACGCUAUCUGGGCUGGAUGCUCUCCGACACGAACGCGUCUACCCGACAAGAGGUGCUCAAGCAGCUCGGGCGAGUCUUCAAGCGUAGCGCCGAGCAGCUUGGCCACUUCAUCGACAGGUUCCGCCCCAGACUCGUAGAGAUGGCUACACGCGAUGUCGAGGUCUCGGUCAGAGUGGCAGCUAUCUCUGUCAUGAACACGCUGCGAUCUGGAGCCCUCCUGGAUCCCGCCGAGAUCGACGCGAUCGGGGAACUCAUAUUCGACACCGAGCUGAGGAUUCGCAAGGCCGUCGUCGACUUCUUUGUCGCCAGUGUCGAGGAUGUCUAUGAGGCCAAGAUCGAAGAGCUCGGCGGGACCGAGGUGCUCGACGAGUUUGACAAUGUUGAGGAGGACGACUUCGACUCUCCCCGCAGGGAAUGGGUCAACGUCAAGUGUCUUGCCGAGACCCUGGCAACCUACGACGCCCAGAUCGAAGAGCGUCAGCAGAGUACUAACGCCCGUGAUCUGGAUGUCGCCGUGGAUCUACUCGGGGCCACUGCUCCCGAGACGCGCAUCUCUCUAGCUUCGCAGGUGCUGUUCGACAAGGUCGACGAAGUCAAGCAGUGGCAGAUCUUGGCUGGUUACCUCCUGUUCGACCACACAACGAGCAACAAGUCGAAAUCCAAGGCUAAGACUAAGUCUCCCGAAGCGGCUUUCAAGAAGGCUGUGGCGCCUUCUUCAGCCGAAGAGGCUAUCAUUCUUAAGGUGCUGGCAUCGGCCGUCAAGGCCAGCCUUGUUCAGGCAGCCGAGCUUGACAAGGGCAAGCGUCGAGGCCAGCGGAUGGAGGCCCCCGAGGCCCAGGAGGAGAUUGCCAUCGAGCUGGCCGGCGUUAUCCCCCAGCUCCUCAACAAAUUCGGUGCCGAGCCUGAGACGGCCACGACCGUGCUGCAGCUCGAGCACUUCCUCAACCUCGGCAUCUUUCAGCAGCUCCGACAGGACUCAGGCACGUACGGAAAGCUCCUCGAUGAGAUCUGCACCCAGUUCAACAGGCACGAUGACAGCAGGGUCAUUUCCGAGGCUGUCGCAGCGCUUCUGCACGCCCGCCAGCACGAGGAGCUGGAGGAGCUGGCCGACGCCAAGAUUUCGGGCCUGUGGGAGAAUAACAUAGAAUCUCUGCGCACCUUUGAAAAGUCAUGUGAGCUCUCUGUCAGGGGCAAUUUGUCGGAGGCGUCCCUGCGCAGCCUGUCAACGACGCUGAUGAAGAUCAGUAAACUCGCAGCCAUCUCCGACUGCGUCGACGUGCUGGAAGCUGGGGGUACAGACGACUCGAUCUCGCGCGCCGUGGACGUUCUGGUCAACAUUGUGCACCGCGGCAAGUAUGAGCCGCAAGAGGACGUGAUUGACGACCUGGAGGACGAGGUCGUCUCAUACGCCAUCAAGGCCUGCCAGUUCUACAUCAUGUGGCGGGUACGAGCGCUCUCCAAGCUCCUCGCUGACGGCUCGAGCCUGCCAGGCACAGAGGUGGACCGUCUAUCAGUACUACGCCAGACAUACCGUCGAUACCUGAUUGAGACGUUAUCGUCGCGGGCGGCAAUCGACGAGCUCCGCCUCUUCGCCACGGGUAGCCUAUGCGACCUGCACCUGACUUUUGCGACGCUACGCAAACCCAUCGAGAACGCAUCAUCAAGCUCAGCCGAGACGGAAGGAGGAGAAGCAGCAGCAGCAGCAGCAGCAACAGCCGAUAACCUCAAGGCGCUGACGCAAGAGAUCGAGCCCGGCCUGGUUCCUGAGCUGGUAGCCAUCUUUGGCGGCGCAGAGAAACUAUACGCGAAGAAGACGAAGCGCGACAAGAUGCUCAACGGCCCUGCAGAGGACGAGGACCCGGUUGACGAUGACGAGGAUUCCGACGAGGACGAGGAUGAGGAGACGACGAAGGAGGAAGUCCUUGCCGCCGAGCUGAAGGCCGAAAAGGCCCUGUGCGAGCUGACGGCUAAGCUGGUCAUGGCCAUAUCCGCCAAGGUGCUCGACAACCGCGGUCCCACGGCGGGCAAGCUCCGUCGCCGUCUUCUCCGCAACCACCACAAGCUCGGCAACAACUUCAAGGAGGUGCUCAACUACCUCGACGAGGACAAGGUUCUACGAAGAAAGAAGGCCAUCACCGCUGAUAAGCCUACCUCCACUUCUGCUUCUACUACCACGCCCGCCGCCCCUGCUGAGAAACCCGAGCAAGAUGAAGAACAGGAAGAAGGUGAUGAAGACGAGGGACAAGAGCAGCAAGAGGAAGAAGUCCAGGAUGGUGACGCAAUGGAGGAAGACGUCAUCGACGAUGGGGAAGACGAUGAGGACCAGCGACCGAGUAACGAUGAUGACGAAGUGCUAGGGGAUUGA